ACUAGUGGUGAUUGGUCAAAUCUGUAAAAUUGAAGUGAAUUUAUUUCUUUUUGUUAGGUUUGCCAAUAAAAUAAAAGGAACUAUUAUUUUAUUUACAAAUUGCAAUCUACAUAAAUUGAAGUUUCGUACAAAAAUUUAAGUUGUCAAAAUAGAUCGUGGUUUUAUUUCUAAUAAUUUCUAUUUUAUCGAUUAGUUAGGACAAUGAUUAAACUUUUUUCAUUAAAACAACAAAAGAAAGAUGAGGAAGGCUCGGCGAGAGCAGGAGGUUCACAGAAAAAAGCAUCAGCCGCUCAAUUGCGGAUCACAAAAGAUUUGAAUGAAUUGAAUUUGCCCAAGACGUGCAACACAGAGUUUCCAGAUCCAGAUGAUUUACUUAAUUUCAAACUAAUCAUAUGCCCUGAUGAAGGAUUCUAUAGAGGAGGGAGAUUUAUAUUUAGUUUUAAGGUAGGACCAAACUAUCCUCAUGAGCCGCCCAAGGUGAAGUGUGAAACAGCAGUUUACCAUCCGAAUAUAGACCUGGAGGGCAACGUGUGUCUCAACAUCUUAAGAGAAGACUGGAAACCCGUGCUUACUGUCAACUCUAUAGUUUAUGGACUCCAGUAUUUAUUCUUGGAACCAAAUCCUGAGGAUCCUCUGAACAAGGAGGCUGCCGACGAGCUGCAGAGUAACAGGAGGUUGUUUGAACAGCAUGUGCAGAGAGCGAUGCGAGGCGGUUAUGUCGGAUCCUCGUAUUUCGAAAGAUGCCUCAAAUGAAAUCGCAACACUCAACUGUAAAUUAAUGCUACCAACCCUAUAUAAAUAAAACAAUCUCACUUUAAA